AUGGUAGGGAACCUCCUCAUUAUUGUUCUGGUUAUAGUAGAUCGACACCUUCACACCCCCAUGUACUUUUUCCUAGGAAAUCUCUCCUUCCUGGAAUCCUGCUGCAGUACAACCAUUUUGCCUAAGAUGUUAUCAAACCUGUUGAUGGGGGAAAGAAAGAUACCAUUCAAAGCUUGCUUUGUGCAAUAUUUCAUCUUUGCUUGUUUGGAAGGUUCUGAAUGUUACCCCCUCUCAAUGAUGUCUUAUGACAGAUAUUUAGCUAUAUGUAAACCACUUCAUUAUGCAGCUCUUAUGAGUGCCAGGUUGAGUUUUCAGUUAACCAUUGUUUCUCGGAUUAGCGGAGUUUUGGUUAGCACAAGCUUGACUUUGAGAGCAUCAUGGCUAUCCUUCUGUGGGCCUAAUGAAAUCGACUAUUAUUUUUGUGACAUGGCUCCAAUCAUCCUUCUCUCCUGCAGUGACACCCAUUUAGUAGAGAUGGAAGGAUUCUUAUUUGCCUGUGCAUUCACCCUGCCUCCCUUUCUUCUCACUCUGUUAUCCUACAUUCUUAUUAUAGUAACUAUCCUCAGAAUCCCUUCUACCACUGGCAGGAGAAAAGCUUUCUCCACCUGUUCUUCUCACCUCACAGUGGUGGCCCUGUAUUAUGGAACGCUGAUGCUUGUCUACGUGGUGCCCAGGUCCAAGAAUCUACACAAUGUGAAAAAAGUCUUGUCUCUCUUCUACACAGUUCUGACUCCCAUGGUUAACCCUCUCAUAUGCAGCCUAAGAAACAGAGAAGUGAAACAAGCUGUGCAAACACGUUUCACAAAGGUUAUGGACCAUACAAUGGCAUGA